GUUUAUUUUUCUACAGUUUAUUAUAGUAAAACAAUAAUAUGUUUAUAAUUUCAUCUCUUAAUUAAUACGAUUUUAAGUAUCCAUAUGGAUAUUUUCAUUUUAGAGCAUAACACUCUUAUGAAGAUUAUGGAAACGACGAAUCCUGUCGAUUACAUUUCUGAACCAUCAUGAAGUAGUCAUUUAGAAAUAAACCAUGAAGUGUUUAGCUUUGAAAUUAAUCCAUACCCAUGGGAUAAUACACAAAUACUAUUUCAUCAUCCUAGUAUUUUUAAUUGGUGCUCUAUCCAGUAUUUUUUUUAACAAAUUCUGGAACUAUGUAUCAAAUAAUACCAAACAACCUAAAAAUUUAAUUGUACGCCGCCCAUUUUCAAUCAUCGGUUCUGAUGAUCAUGAAAUUUUUGACUAUGAUAAAAGUGCUCACGAAUUAAUUAUCAGAGAAACAGAAGUAGAUGUUGUUUGUAAGUAAAAUAAAAAUGCUUCUGUAGGUAUAUGAUAUAUUUUUAUUUGAUUUAUUUUCAGCUGAUCAAGACAAUGUUGAAGCGUUAAUGUCAUUAUUGGCUGCCAACGAGAUGAAGGCAAUGGGCAAAGGAGAAAAAGCAUUAAAACUUAUAGAACAUGGUAUUGCACUUGCUCCAAAAAAUCCUGAUUUAUUAAACGGCUAUGGAGAACUAAUUGAAACACUACGAGAUGACAUUUUAACAGCUGAUCAAAUGUAUUUUCAGGUUAGUUAAAAUUAACCUAUGAAAUGAAUAUGGAAUUGCUUACAAUUCAUGAAAUAGAUAAAUAUUUUGUACACUAAAAUUAAUCAUCAUUUGUGUAUUUUAUACUUUAAAUUUCUAUUAUAUUAAAUAGAAAUUUAUGCUAGGUACCUAUUACUUAUAUAAUAGUAUCAUGUUGAAUUUUUGAAUUCGGGUGGUAGCAGUAUCAGAUCUUUUUUUUUGUACAUAUUAUUAAUUACUUAAACUUAUCAUUUUUAAAAAUUAAGGAUAUCAGAUUUAAAUUUGGCUUGUUAAAAUCUAUAAUUAAGUAUGAUAUAUCAAGUAUUAUAAUACCAACAAUAAUCAAACAAAAUAUUUCACAGGAUUGUAAUUAUUUAAAUAUUUUGAAGAUUAUUCUGCUUAAUUGAUAAUUCAAUAUGGUGUAUACACUAUAUGAAACUUAUUUUAUUUUCUAUAUGACAAAUGGAAUUUACUGUCACGUCACAUACUUACAAUAAAUUAUGAAAUAUAAUAUAAAAUUACUUUAAGUGUACAAAAUAUUUUUGUUUCUAUGAACCUGAAUAAGCACAAUUUUAAUAUAUGCUUUCAAUAUUUGUGUAACUUUAAAAUAGGCACUCAUACAUAGCCCAAAUCAUAAAGCAGCAUUGAUUAAUCGUAAGAGAACUCAAUUAAUUGUUGAUGAUAUGGAUUGGCAACAACUUAAACGCAUCGAUGAGAAAAGAGAUAUGAUGGCUUCAAUAUCAGAUUCUAAUAUAGCUCUAAGGAGAGCAAAAAAAGAAGCAUAUUUUCAGGUAACUUGAGAGUUAAACUAAUUUAAACGUGACAAUUAUUAAUGUUCUAUUUUAUUUAGCACAUCUAUCAUACUGUCGGUAUCGAAGGAAAUAGAAUGUCUUUAUCUGAAACUAGAUCUAUUUUGGAAACUAGGAUGGCAAUUGGUGGAAGAAGUAUUGCUGAACAUAAUGAGAUUAUAGGUCUAGAAGCUGCCCUUAAGUAUAUAAAUGCAACAUUAAUCAACCGAUUAGGUGCUAUAUCUGUUGAUGAUAUUUUGGAAAUUCAUAAACGAGUAAUGGGAUUUGUUGAUCCUUUAGAAAGUGGAGUUUUUCGUCAAACACAAGUGAGUAAAAAUUUUAAAAUGAGGAUCAGUGUUCCAUAAAGUUUCUAAUUUUGUUAAUAUUAAUUAGGUAUUUGUUGGUGGCCAUGUCCCUCCUGGUCCUUCACAUAUUGGAACUUUAAUGGAUAAUUUCUCGAGGUGGCUUAAUUCAGAAUCAACUCUAAGACUACAUCCUGUCAGAUUUUCAGCACUUGCUCAUUACAAAUUAGUUCACAUACAUCCAUUUACUGAUGGUAAUGGGCGAACAUCACGUUUACUUAUGAAUAUGAUUUUAAUGCAAGCUGGUUAUCCACCAAUUAUUAUACCAAAAGGAGAAAGACAUAAGUAAAUUAAAUAACUUUAAUAUAAACAAAGAACACAAUUUUACAUGUCUUAAAAAAAAAUUAUAUAUGUAUUUAUAUUUUAUAGGUAUUAUCGAACAUUAGAAUUUGCCAAUAAAGGAGAUAUUAGGCCAUUUUUAAGAUUCAUUGCUGAAUGCACUGAAAGAACAUUAAAUCAGUUUUUACUGUCAACUACAACAGAAUUUUCUACUGACAUCCCAGAAUUAGAUUAUGAUAAUAUUAUUAUAAAUGAAUCUUAAGUGUGUUCUAAUUUUUAAAAUAGGUACAUAAUAUAUUUCAAAACCAGUAAAAAGUUUUAUACAAAAAUAAUUUUUAACAGUAUUUAUAAACAAAAUAUGUAUUGUGUGUGCCAAGUAUGUCUGUGGUUACCUUAAUAGAACAAAAUGGGUAUGUGCACUUUUAAUAAUAAAUAUGAAUUGGUAAAAUAAAUUUAAUAAGAUUAAUAGGAAAACUGUAAACAUUUUGCUAAAUGUAAAGUCUACUUUAAUACAUAGUGUACAAUUGAAAUCAAUAAAAUAACCAACUUAUUGAAAUGCUAGUGAAUGAUUAAAUCCAUUAUUAGUUUAUACUAAAUUAUAAAUUUGAUUGCAAAGUAAUUAAACAAAACACAUUUUUUAGUUUCAUAUAAUUGGUAAUAUUUAGAUAACACAGUAUUUUUAACAGAGAUAUAGCACAUUUAAUUACUAUGCACUGGAAAUUUGAACAGAGUUUAUUCAAAUUUCUAUUCAAUAUUUUAAUACUUUUGAUGAAAAUUACUAUACAUUUUAUAUUGUUGAUUGGUGUCUUAUGAAUCUUGUAAGUGGUGUCACUAGUAUUUUGAAUACUACAAGGGGUGGGGGGGGGUGUAAAUACAUGGGGGUCUAAAGAUAGACAAAUAUACAUACCAUCAAAAAUAGAAAACAAAGCAUUAUCAUCAUUAUUGUUUAUUCAUUUUAGACAGUCAUUAGUAAAAAUUUUGAAAAUUUAAAAAUAUUUAAGACCUGUUUUUUGUUAUUUAAUUUUAUAGCAUAACUUUAAAUUUUUAUUAAAGCUAGUUUUUAUUGGUAAAAAAUUGAUCUGAAAUUAAUUAAAUUUGUUUUGAUAAAUAGAAUAAGUGCAUUUUUAAAUAUACAAAACAUCAUUGCCUAGUGAAAAAUUAAAAAAAACAGUACAUUGUAAAUUUGAUUGUUGAUUGAGCUUUUUUAUAAUUGACAUGAAGUUAUAGACACUCUAUUUGUUAAUCUUCAUAAUAUAUGGUGUGUAUCAAAUAUUUUAUUUAACUUAUAAAUAGUUUAUUAUUACAUAACUAUGUAUAACUUAUUCUUACAAUUUAUUGUUUGUGAUUACAUUCCUUCUGUUAAAUGUUACCUAUCUAAUUAUAUAUCUCUAUAUAGAUAUUAAAUAAUAAUAUGUUUACCUUUUUUUGUUAAUUAAUUUAUAAGAAAUAUUUGUAUGUUUGUUAUACUAUUAUGUUACAUUAUAACAGUUACUAUUUCAUUUUCCAAGACUAAUUAUGUAAUUUGUAUUUAGUAAAACAAACAUGUUAAUUAUUUUACUAAAAUUUAAAAAUAUUAAAUGAAAAAAAUCAAAGUAUUUUGAUAAAUAAAUUAUUUUAAGAAUAUUAUAAUAUAUUAUAUUGUAU